UUCAAAUUAAAUCCAAUCGGCGCGGAUUUUACGCGUUAUAACAGGAUUGAAUUGGCCCUAUUAUCCCAACCCUCUUUAAUUGGAAAAUAAUUGUGCUCCUCUCUCUCCGCCGCCGUAAAAGUGCCAAUUGUGUUCACAUUCCGAGUAAAAGAACCUAGAAGCUGAAGUAAUCAGACGAAGGCAUCGGAACCUAACCGCUAAUUGCACUUUUCUAGUUUUUAAGUGUACCCAGAAUCAGCAGACUCAAGUGGCUAUCGGAUAGCAGAAAAAAUAAAGUUCCAAUAGAGGGUGAACGGGGGUGAAUCCGCCCGCCUGCGCGGCGCCAGACUCCCCUCCCGCCCCUCGGGGUAGCCGACUCAGUCAAAACCUACCUUCAGGGAUAGAGCACGUUGCGAACGUUACUUCUGUAUGUAGCAAAAAUGCGUUCAUAUCACGCUGAUGUAUGUGUAUAGUGAACUGUGCUGCAGUGCUGUGUUGUGUGUGUGUGUUGGGAUGUUUUGCACAUAAUGAUCGCGGCGAGUGAGACGCGGAUGGCGUGAGACACGAUGAGAGUGAGCCUCGACAUGCGUCUUCUGGCGCUGUGCACCACGUGUCUCCUGGUGCCCGCCAUCGCCUGCCCUCAACAGUGCAUUUGCAAGUGGAAGAACGGGAAGCGCUACGUCGAGUGCUCCGAAAAAGAACUCAAAACUAUACCCAGUUCGCUGGACUCCGAGACGCAGGUCCUCGAUUUCUCGGGCAACGAUCUUCAAGUCCUUCAGAAGGAAACGUUCCAAAAACUCGGAUUACUCGACUUGCAGAAGAUCUAUCUGCCGCGGUGCAAGCUCCAAAAGAUCGAUAACCACGCGUUCAAAGGACUCGCGAAUCUUGUCGAGUUAGACCUCUCUAAUAACUAUCUAACGGUCGUGCCUUCGACGAAUUUUGUCUAUUUUCCUUCGCUGAUGAGACUUUCAAUCAAUAACAACCCUAUAACGAGUAUCAAAACUCAUUGUUUUCAGCGUCUUUCUUACUUGAACACGUUGGAAUUGAGCGAUUGUAAUAUCGAAACAAUCGAGAACGACGCAUUUUCCGGCUUAAAUCAUUUAGAAUGGCUGCGAUUGAAUGGAAAUAGACUGUCGAAUAUCAAAGGUGACAAUUUAUUCCCUGACACGUUGCGAGGGAUCUACCUGCAGAAUAAUAAUUGGAACUGUGACUGCCAUUUGAGGGAUUUACAUGGGUGGUUGUUAAAUUUCAACAUGCCGCACGCUGUGGAGCCAAUUUGCUCGCUCCCCGCGCGUUUGCAGAAACGCGCCAUCACCGCAGUCGCUGAAGCCGAGCUGGCUUGUUUGCCAAAACUAACGCCUGCCUCUGUCUAUUUAGAAACUAAUGAGGGGCACAAUGUGACGCUUGAAUGCGUCGUGAAGGCCUUCCCGGAGGCUAAAGUGACCUGGUUGUACCGAGGACUAGUAAUCCAUAAUUCCUCGAAUCAACAAUCGGAGAUUCGUGACAUGUAUUAUGUGGAAAGUGGUGAAACUGAGAAAAAAAGUGAACUUUUCAUGUAUAAUGUAGGUAACGAACACAACGGGACUUAUUCGUGUUUGGCCGAAAACCCAGCAGGGCGGGCGCUGGCCAACUACACUGUAAAAAUAAUCGUCAAAGAGGAGCCAGUAGUGAUAGUAGUUACGUUUCCUCAACGGCAUUUAGUGGUAAUAGUUACAAUAGUUUUUCUAAUUAUCGUCCUACUUAUUGCAAUAAUAGCAGUAUUUCUACUAAAAUUUAAAACGGACACUAGAAGUCGUAAAAAGAAGGAAAGUGGGAAAGACGUAGCGCUGUGCAACCAGCUGUUGCCCGCGGCGCGGAAUAACGGUCUGCUAACCAAGAAUAACGGCUCGGUGAUCGUGAACGCACACUCGCGACACUCUCUACACUAUAUGGUGCAGGGCCGCGACUACGAGCCGAGCGAGCUGUAUCAAAGCAAUAACAUCAAAGGCUUCGUCGACAGGAACCCUGACCUAAUUAGUGACGCUGAAACCGUCGCUAACAAUGCGCAAAACGAGAACACCGCGCUCUCCGUGUACAAAGCACAGGUCGCGAGUGACGGAUUCGAAGAGGAGACGACGUUCUCCGCGCCUACGCCGCCGCGGCAAGUGACGUGGCAGGACCAGCAGGCGCUCAGCAACGUUAACAUUCCGCCUAAUCCCGUUAACAAUAUGUACCAACACUCGGCCGAUGUACAUCUCAACCCCGGCUGCUUCCUUGACAGCGAAGGCUACCCCUACGAUUAUGGCCUACCAAAACACCCAUGCCGACCUCCCAUAAUGUCCAAUUAUUCCGUAAUAGGACCUUUUUAUCAAACUUUGCCUCACAAUAGGCCGAAAGGUCAAAAGCUUGUAUGCAAGUUUGCUAAGGACAUGGAAUUCAAUACGCCGCCUUGUGCCAAUUUAGAAAUGCUUAACGGAACAAAUGUAAGGCGGACACUGGAAGGGUACCCCGUGCCGCGGAACCGACAAAUCGCUUACGUAGGGAACGGGACCGUGUAUUACAACGAAGAAUUUGUGCCGUCGCCGCCGGAGGGAUAUAAGACAGAAUCCGUUGGACCAUGCUGCGCGCCGGUUGAGCCUUGCUCGUCUUGGGUGAAUCCUAAGGGAACUUGUGCAGUGAUGGUACCUGUAGGGAUAGCAGAGGGUACGGGACGGUGCGGUUAUCAGGUUGAAACGAGAUGUGUGGAUACACAAACGACAGAGAGAUUACCCGGUGAAGGCACGGAGGCCGUACUCAAGCCGCUACCUCAAGUGUCCAACGCUAAAUGCGCGUCCGACAUCUGUUCGGAAAGCCCAGAUGAGGGCUACGUCGGUGAAGCGAACGACAUGUGACGUCGGCGACAUGAUAAUGCGUGAAAAAUAUCUGGAACGCUAGCGAAGUGAUAAAGCGACUGAAUUUAUACUAUUGUUCGUAAGUUCGAGUGGGUACCGUUAAGGUGACGUUUGGAUCUCAGCACUGUUGCGGAGUCGUUGUUGUCGCCGCUGUAUCUGUCAAUUCACUUGAUAAAUUGAGUAACUAAAUGAACGUCAUAAAUGCGGCAGGGAACAUCACUCAAUUUAUCAAAGAAUUAUGUCGCUGCCAUUGACAUCCGAACGUCACCUUUAGAAGCUUUUACACUGUACGGCAUAAUUGAUAAGAAAAAGUUUUGUUUAGGAAUUCCUGAAAGUGUGCUCCCAUUUUAGUGUAAAGGAGGGGCUGAAUCCCGGCUCCCUUUUAUUAAGUGUUAUUUUAAAGAAUUAUGCAAAUUCUCUGAAAGCAGAAAGACUGCGGAACCAUUGUACUUGCAUUAAAAUAAGCAGCUCUCGAAAGUAGUCCAAUCCAAGUCUUAAUAAAUAUUUUAAAACAAUCACUAGAAUUGUUCCACAAGUUAAAUUGGAGAUCGUUCAUAAAAUAGCUAUGUUUGGAAUACCUCCCAAAAAGUUGGUUCACAAAAUCAAAUCAAGUGUCCUAGUUUUGUUCACAAAGCCAAACCGUAAAUGUUUUACUAAAAUAAUCUUCGAACAGAAACCCUAGUGUAAACUUUAUUCGAUAGCGUGACGAGCAUUACCGUUUGAGUUACGUCUAUUAUUUCAUGGGAUUUUGAACAGCGCACCGAGCGAGCGGGACGUUUUUGAAACUCAAAAUCCCAUACAAAAUUACAAACACAAACGCGUAUGUCACGUCACGCUAUUGAAUGAUAUUUACACUAGGGGUAGAGAAUUUCAUUCUAUUUUUAAAACAAUUGGUAACUCAGUACGUAGUAUUUGUAAUACAAUUUUAUAAACUAAUCUCACAUUUCGAAAAAUACGUACAUCUUUGUGUAAAAAUCGAUUGUUUGAUUAAAUUUCCGAUAUCCUGUCGUAAAUGGAAGUUCCAUUUAAAUGCUAAACCUAUGCUUACUGGAUUACCUCCUGUGCACAGGACCACAGCUGUGGUACACUAUAACUACAUAUAACCAUAUUUUUGUAACUGAAACGGCCUAAAAGCACAAAAUAAAUUGCUGCAAUGAAUUUCUCCUGUGUAGAGAUCCUAACGGACGAUCUAUUCUAAGCACUGUUCUUAUAAUGCUAAGAUUGUAAGCUGAAUAUCAAUUUUAACAUUCAGCGCGGUUUGUUUAUUUCUACGAACGUGUAUGUAAUCUGGCGGGACUUGAAUAUUCUCAGUAGAAAGAGGUUGAAUCAUUGAUUAUUUUGAGCGUGAGUAAGAAAAAGUUAUUUGUGCUUUAUUGUCAGUAGCCUAAGGUAUAAAAUUGGACAUUCGCGCCGUAUAAAUACAAUACCAAAGUUUCACCCACUCAUGUUUUAAGUUUAAGACCAUUAAGUAUGAAGUAGAUUUCUUAGUAAAUGUAAAUACAGUGUAAAUACUAGAUUUUACUAUGGACAUUUUCCGAAUGGAAUUAUGUAGUGAUCAAUAAGUAUAGUUAAAUCGAUAUCAGGGUAUCUCCCUUAAUUUAAAAAGGUUGGCUCUUUGAUAUUUCAAAAUAAACAUUUUUGCGGGUUUCAGUUAAAAGCGGAUUAAUAAGUAGACACAUUUGUCGUUAUUCGUGUAGUUAACAUUAACUUAUUUACAGUGCUUUUCAAUAAAGAUUUUAAUACGUUCGCUUAUCGCUUCGUUCGCUAACUAAAGUACAUACUUUAUAGUAAAAUUAUAACAAACAUUAUUUACUCCGCAAUGUAAAAAAAAACUAAAGUCGUGUCAUAUUAUUCAUUUAGAGAACAAUAAUAAAAUAAUCUUCACGAAUAAGAGAAAAAAGACGGGCUACUCACUCACAGAGACUGUUAAACACAAACAGUAAUAUAAAACACACUAAUAAAACCUAAAACACUUACCAAAACCAACAACACAAUUCCACGAUUCUACAUAUACUAUUGCAGCUGUGCAGCGAUUUAAAGCUUGAAAUAUGAAAGAGUCAGUCAACUAGGGAAGUGUUACGUAUAUUUAACGAUGGACACUAUCUUUUGUAUUUGAGCAGUAUUAAUUUGAGGCGUCUGUUAGUUGUACAUUUCUUGUUUGUAACAAAAAAGUUUCAAUAUAAAUAUCAAAACACUUAACUAGGAAUCGAAGGUGAUUCUUGCAAAGGAUCUGGUAAUUUGGGUAUUAAAGUAAUAUUAACGAAAAGUUCCAUGUACCUAACUAAAAUGAAAGCAAUAAUAAAUAAAUAUACUGGAAGAUAUUUAUUCAGGUUCAAUUUCACGUUCCUCCUCAUGUUACCUGAAGCUACUAUGAAUGUGUUAAGCAUAACGCAUGCAAUAAUUACGAAUUAAAUGUAAUAAAAUGACAAUGUAUUCCAAACAACUGACUACUGAAUAAUUUUGUGAAAUUGACAGUGACGUGAUUGAAUAAAAAAGGAUUCCGAGUAUAUUCUUCCAUUGCAAAUAUCCAAACAUUUUUUAUUCCAAUGAACGUUCUGUAGUCUUGCAUGUUACGUACGGUACGUACCUACGUGAACAAAAUGUUAUCUUACUAGAAAAUUCAUUUCGUCAACUGUCUGUUCCUGGGUUAAAUUUACUCUCAUAAAAUAUAGAGUACUAGGUGCUCUGUACGGCUACCAUCAGUUUGGCAUUGACAUAAACGCUAUCGUGAACGUAAUUUACUUUCUAUGCAUCACAGACAGAUACACUGCGAUUACAUAUUAGUGCGAAAGAUAUAUAUAUAGAAAGUAAAUUACGUCCACGAUAGCGUUUAUGUCAAUGCCAAACUAAUGUUAGCCGUACUGAUCAAUCACCGACAUAGGUUUCUAGUUCUUACUGAAUUUUCGUUAUCAUAAUGAAACAGGCUUGUCAGUGUCAGUAUGUAUAUUAAUUUGUAUUAAAGCCAUAUCUUGGAUAUUACUUAGUAAGUAACUAAAAAGUUACGUUGUAAAUUUCAUUUCGAUGUUGUGUUCGUGAAUAAAAAUAUUACUUAAGCUCGCAUGGAAACAUUGCUAAGGUCGUAACAGAACAGAUCAUAUGAAACAACAUCAGUCUAGAUUAAUGAGUCUUAUAUUCGUCUCGUCAGAAUGACAAGUUCAUGACGUGGCUAUCCACUAAUACCACAAAAAUGAGGCUGGCUACGUUAUGAUUUAUUAUAAAAACGUAUAUAAUACUUAAAUAAGCCUCCGUGUCUCAUACUGUGUUGGGUCGUGGUUAUGGGAUACAUGGCUUGGUUCGCUGCAGUACGGUUAUGUUUGUUGUAGGCUAGAACGGUCCAGGCCCGGGCCGGGUCCGAUACUUCAGUUUUCUAUAGAAAGCAACACAUGAUCACCGAUUACCCGUCAUACAAAACGAAGUGUCGGAAGCCUCUGCCCGGACCCGGAUCGUUUUAGCGUGAAUCAUCCUUCAGUUGGCAUUAACAUAAAGAUAUAUGGUUUAAGUAUACUUUUUGGCCACGAAAAGAUGUAAAAUUGUAAAUUCCUUGAACUUAAUUUUUUACGUCAUUCCUGAUCUAUGGUUGCCGUAGAUUUUAAUUGGUUGAUCACAGUUAACUGUUCACUAUGAUCAACCAAUUAAAAUAGUUACUGUCGUUGACUCGACACUAGUAUUCCAAAGUACCUAUUUAUAUACUGCUCAAGCCUGUUGCAUUAUGCAUUACUUUACAUUAAGUUUUGUAAUUGUUUAGUAUAGAUUGGAGGUUUUUAUAGGACCGACUGGAUAGAGACCCAGCACGAUAUCACACUGUUACUCUUUAGUAAACAAACUGUAGAUGUGCAUGAAACUGGAAUAAAAUGUGUAUUUUUAA